AUUGUAUUUCGUAUUUGUGUCUUCGUCAGUGAGACUUCAUCGUGUGAUACGUUACUCUUUGAAGGCACGGAAGGCACGUAAGCACUUGACUUGACCACAUUACACAGACGGUCAGUGUCAACUAGAAUAGAGAAGAAGAUUUUUUUCCAACAGUUUAAAAUAAAGUCUCCCUUUAAAAAUGGUCACAGUUAAAGGGCGUAAAACAUCAAAUAAGAAUCCACCGAUUCUCAGUCAUGAAUUUAUCAUUCAGAAUCAUGCUGACAUUGUAUCCUGUGUGGCUAUGGUCUUCGUUGUGGGUCUCAUGGUGCAGGUAACAUCACCAUGGGCCUAUAAUUUUAUUGCAAUUCAUCACAAUGCAACGACAGCAGUCCCAGAAUCUCCAGAUGGUCCCAUUUUACCGUUAAAAUAUACAACUGGUUGGAAAGAUGUUUGCGCUGUAUUUUUCUACUUUCUUAUAACAAUUGUUAUGCAUGCCGUUAUUCAAGAAUAUAUUUUUGACAAAAUCUCCAAACGUUUUCAUUUAAGCAAGAGUAAACAUUCGAAAUUUAAUGAAUCCUGUCAAUUAAUUACAUUUUACGUAUUGUCUGCUGCUUGGGGUAUCGACAUUAUAAUGAGAGACAAUCUUUUGUUGAACAUCUCUUCUCUAUGGGAAAGCUAUCCAGGAGUUAUGUCAUUUUCUCUAAAAUUAUUCUUCAUCGGUCAAUUGGCUUAUUGGCUUCAUAGCUAUCCUGAACUCUACUUCCAACGGGCGAAAAAAGAAGAAAUUUUACCAAGAAUUGUUUUAGCAACUUUUGGACUUUUCUUUUCCGCUGCCGCUUAUGUUCUCAACUUCCAACAUGUAGGUGUAAUUCUCUUCGUACUACACUAUGUAGGAGAAGCUCUUCAACAUGGAGCUCGUCUCAUACAUUUUGUGUCGCACAACGAAAAAACAACGCAAUUGGCAUUCUUAGUGGCAAAUGCGGCCUUUAUUUUCGCAAGACUCGCAACUGUGGCUUUAAGUGGUCUAGUAUUUUUCUAUGGACUAGGACAAAUUGAAAGGUCACUUGAUUUCGCAACUGGAAAGUUUAAUAUUCAAGCAGUGCAAUAUGGAGCUCUUGGUGCAAUUUUACUUUUCCAAGCCUACCUCUUUUACAGUUUUAUCAAAAGACAAAUGAAAUUCACACGUGAAAAUAAGACGCCUGUUGUCUCGAAAGCUAAAUCAAAACAAAAGCCAAGGAAGAAGGAUGCGAAAGAUGGCAAAAAGUCCGAGGACGAUGACUUGCCAGAAGUUGAUCAAGCAACAAAGAAAAAUUUGAGAACCCGAUAUUCAGCGAAAGCAAAAUAAAUGUUAUGGUGAUAUUAACUGUAGUUUUUAAAGGCUGACGACUCUAUAAAUAUAUAGUUUAUAAACCAGCUGCAGGUCCUGAUGGAUAAAAAGUACAAAGUCUCAGGACGAAAUCAAAUUAUUUUUUUUUAUAUAUAUAAAUAUUAUUAGAUUCCUUGACGCAAAUUUAAAAAAAAAUGUAUAAUAUCACGCAAGCAGCUGUACAAUGAAAAGAUGAGUCUAAUUUUAAAUCUCAGGAAGAAAAGAAAGAAGAAGAAGAAGAAGAAGAAGAAGAAGAAGAAAAAUUGCACUCUUAUACGCAAGUGCUAAUUUUGUAUUUUAACGAUGAUAAUUAUUGGAAAGGGAGUGAAAUUUUUAUAAAGCUUGACGCAAUAAGAAAAAAAAGGAAGAUUUUUUAUCAAAACAAAAAAGAAAUGAGUUCUUUCGAAGAGAAGGAAUUUUUUUUAUAGAAAGUUACAAUGAUUAUAAAUAGUUUUGAGAGGCGAGAUUUUUUUUAUAUGUUAUAAAGAAAUUUUUGAAAGAAAAAAUAAUUCAGAAAAGAGUGUGUAUUAUGAGGAUUUAGAUUGAAACUAUAUAUUAUACAAAACAAUUUAUAUUUUUGUCUACAGAUAAUGUUUAGACUUGAGAUACUUGAGAGAUUGUAUUAUAAGAUUAAAUUAUUUAAAUAAUUUUAGACGAAUUUAGCAAAUGAGAGCUAUUGAUUGAAAGAGCUGAUUAAAUUAGUCAAUUUUUUUAUUUUUAUUCAAUUAUUUUCAAUGAUGAUGUAUUUCUCUAUUCAAUGUAAGUCUAGUUUUUAAAAUAAAACUUUUAUCCUGGUUGGAACAAAUUUA